AUGAAGAGCAUUUCUUGCUUCUGCCUGCUUCUCAUUUGCCUGGCUGCACUGCAGCUCCACGCCAAUGCCUCUCAGGAGGCCCAGCUGAGAGAGUUCAUCUCGUCCAGGAAGAACAGCGACAGCACCGACACGUUCAAAGUGCGCAACAUAGCCGACAGGUUUUCCGGCAGCCUGAACGCGGAGAGCUCUGUCUCAGACCAGAGCUCCAUGAAGGCGGCUGACAUGAUCACGGCGCUGCCCGGGCAGCCGGAGGGCGUGGACUUCGACCAGUACGGCGGGUACGUGACCGUCGACGAGGAGAACGGCCGCGCGCUCUUCUACUACCUCGUCGAAUCGCCCUCUGGUGCCUCGGACAAGCCACUCGUCCUGUGGCUCAACGGAGGGCCAGGAUGCUCGUCGCUGGGCUACGGGGCAAUGCAGGAGCUGGGCCCGUUCCGAGUAACUGAGGACAACAAAACCCUCAGCAGAAACAUGAACGCCUGGAACAACGUGGCUAACGUGAUCUUCCUGGAGUCGCCGGCCGGUGUGGGAUUCUCUUACUCCAACACGUCUACAGACUACGAUCUCAGUGGCGACGAGAGAACCGCCGAUGACGCGUACGUCUUUCUGGUGAAAUGGCUGGAGAGGUUCCCCGAGUACAAUGGUCGCGCCUUCUACAUCUCCGGGGAGAGCUUCGCCGGCCACUACGUGCCAGAGCUCGCCGCCACCAUCCUGCUCCACAACGCAUACAACAACAGAACCAUCAUAAACCUUCAGGGCAUCUUGGUUGGAAAUCCGUACCUUGAUGCCAACAGGAAUAUUAUGGGGGCGAUCAACUACUACUGGACCCAUGCGGUGAUGUCCGACGAGGUCUACGCCAAUAUCACCAAGAACUGCGACUUCGACAGCGUGGAUGGUACGUUUACAAACGCCGCAUGCAACGGCGCCGUCGACGGGUUCAGCGCUGGCAACAUCGAUGGCUACAACAUAUACGCUCCAGUUUGCAUUGACGAGCCCAAUGGAGGGUACCACCCCAGUGGCUACUUACCUGGGUAUGAUCCCUGCAGUGAUUAUCCUACUCAUGCCUACCUCAAUGAUCCAGCGGUGCAGAUGGCUUUCCACGCUAGAAUGACCAAGUGGACAGGGUGCACAAACUUGAACUGGAAAGAUGCGCCAAUGUCUAUGCUGCCAACCAUCAAAUGGUUGAUCGAAAGCAAGCUUCCGAUUUGGAUAUUCAGUGGUGAUUUUGAUACUGUGUGCUCGCUUCCGGGGACGAGGUAUUCCAUCCAGGACCUUGGCCUCUCUGUGACCACCCCAUGGCGUCCAUGGACAGCGAAGGAGGAGGUGGGAGGCUAUGUUCAGCAGUACGCGGGGGGAUUCACAUUCCUCUCCGUGAGGGGAGCUGGCCAUCUGGUUCCAUCCUUCCAGCCUGAGAGGGCAUUGGUGAUGUUGAGCUCGUUCCUGAAUGGGAUGCUCCCACCUUACAUGAAGACCAUUUCUUCAUUCUCCCUGCUUGUCCUCUGCCUGGCUGCACUGCAACUGCACGCCAAUGCCUCCCACUCCCAGUCCCAGUCCCAGGAGGCUCAGCUCAAGAAAUUCAUCUCGUCUAGGAAGAACAGCGCCACCAGCAGCGACACGUUCCGAGUGCGUAACAUAGCUGACAGGGUUGCCGGCAGCCUGAGUGCGGAGAGCACCGUCUCUGACCAGAGCUCCAUGAAGGCCGCCGACAAGAUCACGGCGUUGCCCGGGCAGCCGGAGGGCGUCGACUUCGACCAGUACGGCGGGUACGUGACCGUCGAUGCGGAGAACGGCCGCGCGCUCUUCUACUACCUCGUGGAGUCGCCUUCCGGUGCCUCGGACAAGCCACUCGUCCUGUGGCUCAACGGAGGGCCAGGAUGCUCGUCGCUGGGAUACGGCGCAAUGCAGGAACUUGGCCCGUUCCGCGUAACCGAGGACAACAAAACGCUCAGCAGAAACGUGAACGCCUGGAACAACGUGGCUAACGUGAUCUUCCUCGAGUCGCCUGCCGGUGUGGGAUAUUCCUACUCGAACACGUCUUCGGACUAUGAUGUCAGCGGAGACGAGAGAACCGCCGAUGAUGCCUACGUGUUUCUGGUGAAAUGGCUUGAGAGGUUCCCGGAGUACAAGGACCGCGCCUUCUACAUCUCCGGGGAGAGCUACGCCGGACACUACGUGCCGGAGCUCGCCGCCACCAUCCUGCUCCACAACACAUACAACAAUAGAACCGUCAUAAACCUUCAGGGCAUCUUGGUGGGCAAUCCAUACCUUGAUGGGAACCAGAAUAUUAAGGGGGCCGUUGACUACUUCUGGACCCACGCGGUGAUGUCCGAUGAGGUCUACGCCAAUAUCACCAAGAACUGCGACUUUGACAACUUGAAUGGUACAUUUACAGAUGCCGCCUGCAUGGGAGCGGCCGUGGCGUUCGACUCUGGCUACAUCGAUGGCUACAACAUAUACGCUCCGGUCUGCAUAGACGCACCCAAUGGAACGUAUUACCCCGCUGGCUACUUACCUGGGUAUGAUCCGUGCAGUUACUAUCCUACGGAUGCCUACCUCAAUGAUCCAGCGGUGCAGAUGGCUUUCCACGCUAGGACGACGAAGUGGUCAGGCUGCGCAAAUUUGAACUGGACAGAUGGGCCAAUGUCCAUGCUUCCAACCAUGAAAUGGUUGAUCGAAAGCAAGCUGCCGAUUUGGAUAUUCAGUGGUGAUUUUGAUUCUGUGUGCCCGCUGCCGGCGACGAGGUAUUCUAUCCAAGACAUGGCCCUCUCUGUGACCACUCCAUGGCGCCCAUGGACAGCAAAGGAGGAGGUUGGAGGAUAUGUUCAGCAGUACGCGGGGGGAUUCACAUUCCUAUCUGUGAGGGGAGCUGGCCAUAUGGUUCCAUCCUUCCAGCCUGAGAGGGCAUUGGUGAUGUUGAGCUCAUUCCUGCAAGGGGUGCUCCCACCUUACGUAGAACAGCAGUGA